AUGGAUUUUCAGAUAUGUAGUCCUCUUUUUCAUAUCCUCCUCCUCCCAAUCUUCUUCAUGAAAACCUGUGUUUCUGAAACACAGAUGUACCCCUUUACUUGUUCAGAUAAGAUUCAGUCAUGUAGUGCUCUUCUUUACCAGCACAAUGGAUAUCAGGUGGAUAAUGUGGCCUCGUUAUACUCGGUCAAUGCAUCAGCAAUCAAGCCUAUACCAUAUGCAGAUAGGCAAGAUUACUUGGUUUCUGUAAACUGCUUGUGCCAGAAUGUUGAUGGAACUCGAGGAUACUUCUAUGAUGUAGUCUACGAGCCAAAGCACGGUGAUAUUUUCUACGAGGUAUCAACUCAGAAUUUUAGCGGGCAAGUUUGGAGUAGCAGAGUAAAUACAAGUUUAAAUGUUGGAGAAAAUAAAACUCUGCAUCUUUUGUGUGGCUGUGUGGAGAUUGAGUCCCAAGUUGUGGUGACCUACACAGUUCAGCCAACUGAUACUCUCUCCUCCAUUGCAAAUCUACUUUCUGCUCAAGUUGAUGGAAUUGAGAAACUAAACACAUAUUUGAAAACCCCAGAUUUCAUAAAAGAAGGUUGGCUCUUAUAUGUGCCCAUGGAAAAAUAUGGACUCCCUAAUUCAGAGAAAGGGACAAAAAAGGCACACAAAUGGAUCCUACUCAUUGGGAUAUUGUCAGCUGUAACCUUACUCUCAGUAUGCACCUUGGCCAUAAUCCUAGUUGGGAGAAAAAGAAGGCAGGAUCCAAAAUCGUCAUUCAAAAACUCAAGUGCCAGAGCACAUUCCUUGCAGAGACAGUACACACAGAAAGAAAUAACACAAGAUAUCACAGUUUUUGAGUCAGAGAAACCAAGUUACUUCAGUAUUGAGGAGAUUGCAGAGGCCACAGGUGACUUUGAUGAGACUAGAAUAAUUGGCCGGGGGGGAUAUGGAAGUGUAUACCACGGUGUGAUAGGAGAGAAGGAAGUUGCAAUCAAGAAAAUGAGGUCUAACAACUCCAAGGAAUUCCUUGCUGAGAUCAAAGUGUUGUGCAAAAUACAUCACAAUAAUGUGGUGGAGCUGAUGGGUUAUGCCACUGGUAAUGACCACCUCUACUUGGUUUAUGUGUAUAUCCCGAAUGGCUCUCUUAGUGACCAUCUUCAUGAUCCAUUGAUGAAAGGUCAUCAGCCUCUCUCGUGGAGCGCAAGAACCCAGAUCGCACUUGAUGCUGCAAGGGGUAUAGAGUACAUCCAUGACCACACAAAAUCUCAAUAUGUGCAUCGCGAUAUAAAAACUACCAAUAUCCUGCUAGAUGAAGGGCUUAGAGCAAAGGUUGCAGAUUUUGGUUUAGCAAAGCUUGUUGGUAGAAGCAAUGAAGAUGAAUUUAUAGCAACCCGGCUUGUUGGAACGCCAGGAUACCUUCCACCUGAGUCUGUGAAAGAGAUGCAAGUGACUACUAAGACUGAUGUGUUUGCAUUUGGAGUAGUUCUUGCAGAGCUUAUAACCGGCCAACGUGCACUCAUCCGAGACAACCAAGAGCCAAAUAAGAUGAAGUCCUUGAUCACAGUAGUAAAUAAUAUCUUCAAUGAAGAAGAUGCAGCUUCGGCGUUGCAAGUACUGGUAGAUGGAAAUCUGAAAGACAAUUAUCCUCGAGAAGACGUAUACAAGGUAGAGUACAUAGAAAAUAUAUGAGUGAUGGUAUAAGAU